AUGAUAGUUGGCUGGAUCCGUACGUCAAUCAAUCCCCAAGUUCGAUCAACUGUAUCUCACGUUGCAUAUGCUUCGAAGCUUUGGGAGUCUCUCAAGCAACGUUUCUUAGUCAAGAAUGCCGUCCGCAAGCACCUUCUUGAGGAUGAAAUAACUAACUGCAAACAGAAUGGUCAAUCUGUUCUUGACUACUACAGCCGUCUUUCCAAGCUAUGGAAAGAAAUUCAGAACUUCAAGCCUUCCGUGUCUUGUACGUGUGCUGCUGCUGCAGGUCUUGAAAAAGAACGCGAAGAUGCUAAAGUGCAUAAGUUUCUUUUUGGUCUCAAUGAAGUGAGAUUCAAUGCUAUACGAUCUCAAAGCAUUGACGAAGACCCUCUUCCUGAUCUAAACAUCGUGUAUUCCAGAGUUAUUAGAGCUGAACAGAACACAUGCGAGCCGCUGAUACAAAGCAAGACGCAGUGGGGUCAUGAAGCUUCGGAGUGUUUUCUCCUACAUGGUUAUCCGGAUUGGUUCCUUGAACAACAACAACAGCACAACUCUUCUCGGAACUUCUCUGGAAACAGGGGUCGCGGUGGUAGAUCUCCUAACUCCGGUGGUCGUGGACGUGGUCGCGUCAAUACUGCAUCUGCUUCUGUCAAUGCUCCAGUAUCUUCAUCUACGAAUGAUCAGAUCUCAGCCCUGAUCAGCCUGCUUCAGUCACAGCAAUCACACCUCUCAACUGACCGUCUGUCUGAUAAAACUGAACUUUCUGAUAUUAUUAUAGAUACGGGUGCAUCGCAUCACAUGACAGGCGAUUUGUCUCUAUUACAAGAUGCAAUUGACAUCAUACCAUCCGCGGUUACAUUCCCAGAUGGAACGGCCUCGCGUGCUACAAAAACAGGCCGUGUGUCGCUUACCAAAGAUUACAAACUUCUAAAUGACCGUUUUACGAGAACCCUGAUUGGAGCCGGUGAAGAACGUGAGGGGGUGUACUACUUCAAGGGUGUUAGAGUUGCUAGUGCACAUCAGACAACACUCUCGUCAUGUGGAGCUGCUUAUUUCCUUACCAUAGUUGAUGACUAUUCUAGAGCUGCAUGGACGUACCUUAUGUUGGAAAAAUCAGAAGUUCAAAACUUGAUCAAGAACUUUUGUGUAAUGAGCGACAGACAGUUCGGGAAACAAGUCAAAACGAUCAGAACAGAUAAUGGCACUGAGUUCAUGGUCUUAUCCUCUUACUUCCGACAGCAUGGAAUCCAACAUCAGACCUCGUGUGUUGACACACCACAGCAGAAUGCUCGUGUAGAACGCAAGCAUCGCCACAUCCUCAACAUUGCACGGGCUCUCCUAUUCCAAGCAAAGCUCCCUGUUACUUUUUGGGGCAAGAGCAUCCUCACCGCAGCACAUCUCAUUAGUAGAACACCAUCCAUUGUUCUAAAUGGCAGUACUCUCUACGAGUUACUACAUGGCUCCAAGCCUUCUUACGACUCACUACGCAUCUUUGGCUGUCUCUGCUACGCCCAACGCUGUCCUCGCAACAUAGACAAGUUCAGUGACCGCAGCCGCAAGUGUCUCCUUGUUGGCUAUCCUUAUGAGAAGAAAGGCUGGAAACUAUAUGAUAUUAAUAGCAAUGAAUUCUUUGCGAGUCGUGACGUGAUCUUUCUUGAAGAUCAGUUCCCAGGAGUUCCAGAUACAAACUAUGUCACACCUCCUGUUUAUCAACCAGAUGCUGCAGUUGAUGAAUGGUUAUUUCCCCCUUCUCAGACCUUGCCUGAAUCGACCAGUACUACUCCACCGGCUGGCUCCAGUAAUACUACUAUACCGGCAAUUCCUACCUCUUCCUCACCGAUUGAACAAACUGCAGUAGAUACUACCCUAUCAGUAACACAUGAUACGACUAGUACUACCUCUCUUCCACCACCUGAGCCGUCACCUUCUCGACCUAGCUCUCCCAUUGUGGAACCUACCACUACAUCUAUCACCACUACAGACACUCCUCCAUCGCCUGGCCUUCCUGAGCUAUUAGGCCAGAGGUCAUCGCAACCCUAA